GGUCCGAGCUGCUGAAAGGUCUGGUCGCAGAGACAGGAACGCAGCAUCCUUAGCGUGCUCCAUCCCGGCAGCGUCCUUCUGCGCUCCGCCGGGCAGCGAGCCUCCGGACAACAGCCCCUCUGCUUCUCGGAGAAGCCUGAUGAAGUCCUCCGAUAUCGAUCAGGAUUUAUUUACAGACAGUUACUGCAAGGUGUGCAGUGCACAACUGAUAUCCGAGUCCCAGCGGGUGGCCCAUUAUGAGAGUCGAAAACAUGCCAGCAAAGUCCGGCUAUAUUACAUGCUUCACCCCAGGGAUGGUGGGUGUCCUGCCAAGAGGCUCCGAGCGGAAAAUGGAAGCGACGCUGACAUGGUGGAUAAGAAUAAGUGCUGUACACUCUGUAACAUGUCCUUUACCUCAGCCGUGGUGGCCGAUUCACAUUACCAAGGCAAAAUCCACGCCAAAAGGAUAAAACUGCUGCUAGGAGAGAAACCUCCAUUGAAAACCACAGCCGCACCACUGAAUUCACUUAAGGCCCCUCGAGUGGACACAGCCCCCGUGGUCGCGUCUCCCUAUCAAAGAAGAGACUCAGACAGGUACUGCGGUCUCUGUGCAGCCUGGUUUAAUAAUCCUCUGAUGGCCCAGCAACAUUACGAUGGCAAGAAACACAAAAAGAACGCAGCACGGGUUGCCUUGCUAGAGCAACUUGGAACGUCUCUGGAUCUGGGAGAACUCAGAGGUCUGAGACGCACUUACAGAUGUACCACCUGCAGUGUGUCGCUCAACUCCAUAGAACAGUAUCAUGCACAUCUGCAAGGAUCAAAGCAUCAGACCAACCUGAAGAAUAAGUAGUGACAACAUCAAUCAAGAGCUAAGAAGAGACUCCUGCAUUUCUCUGUGGUAGAGAACUGCUCACCAACCAAAAGAGGAUCCUUUCUCGAGCAAUGAACAUUUCUUACAAGGAUUCACAGAUUAACACAUGAUCAGUAUUGAUUUUUGAAAGUAAAUAAGAUUUCUUUUUCUUCUUCUCAUUUAGUGGCAAAUUAUACUUGGAUUUAGAAGAAGCCUUUUCUGAUAACAUGUUUAGCACAAGUUCUAAACUGCAAUCACACACAGCAGCUAGUCAGAGCAUUAUUCAAACCUACAAAGAGUGGAAAAUUUAAUUUCCAGUUCAUUCUAGAUUUCUGUAGAGUUACAAUGAUUCUGUGAGACCCUUCAUGAUUAUCAUGUAAGCCUCCUACAUCCAUUAACGAAUACACUUUUGUCAUCAUGGGGAACAUAGUUGGUGAUGACAACCACAAGAACAGAACAAAUUGUGGUUUGUAGAAGUUAUAUAACUGAACAGAAUACCAGUCCUUCCUGCUUCACACCGAUGAGCCAGCCUUGCCUCUAAAAUGCCAAGAGCAUGAAAACAGGUGGAAACAGAGAGGAAGGACCUUCACUCUGGAUCACCUUGAUGGAAAGCUUCUCAAGACGAAGCCAAGUUCUCCUUGCAAGCUGCCAGAUCGUAGCUUAGAAAAAGAAUUAGUUUGAUUGCAUGAUGAUCCUAUUAAGUAAAAAUGUCUUCACAGCGGUUGACCUUGAUGUACUGCUUUUCUAAAGGUAUCCAAAGGAGAAUUCUAAACCCCAGAGUGAGAUGGAAGUAAUUCUUAGAAAGUUGGCCUGGAUUGUGAGCUUUAAUUUGGGGCAGUAAUGAUUUGGUAUGUGUCGGGGGAGGGAGAAAGUGAUUAAAUCCUGAAGAAGUUUCCUUCCUCUGUUUCUCUUCCAUCUUGUUGCUGAGCUGAGAUUCAGAAAAAUGACUUUGAACAGAAUUCCUCUGGGAAGAGGACAGACCAGAGAACGGAUGCUCUUUGAAGGGAUCAAGUCUGAGUGCAACUGUGAAAUUUCUUCUCCAGGGCUAAUUGCUCUGCAUUCUGUUGGGAAGUGGUGUCUGGCAGACACUGCAAGUUAGACACAGAACUUCCUUUCCUGGGCUCUCAGCUGGCUGGAGCAGCCCUUUACACCUUGUGACCACCAAUCUACCAUACGUCAGACUUUUCCAGACAUCAUCGCUUUCCACAGAGAUCUGAGGUGGUGACAGCCAGUGAGCAAUAAAUGAAACGACACGGAAAUGCACAGUGUUGUUCUUUAAGGUGCCUGUUUUGUUGUGUGAGGAGGUCACGGUCCAUAGGGACCAGACCGUGGCUGCAAGAGGAAGGUCACACACCAUGUGCAGUCGUGCUUCAGGUGGGGAGCAAGAGGGGUGUAGUGACAACAAUUUUAUUUUGCUAAUUUAGAAAGAAGCACACAACAGAGCUACAGUCCUGUGAUGGCUUUUCUUCGAAUGUGUAAAAUAAAGCUUUAUUUGUCAAUUAUGCUGUAAAAUAAGCAUAGUCUGAGUUUUUUUUUUUAUUUUUAAAUCUUUCUCUGUUUCUGUUUAGUGCCUGAGCUCUCUCCCUGAAGUGUUGUGUUUAUUUUUUUUAAUGACCUAAGAUAGAAAAACCUAUGAACAUAGAUUUCCUUUGCGUUACAGUGAUGCUUUGCCAAGUCCUUUAUAGAUAAGCCUCCAGCUACAAUAAUCAGAUUAUUUCAGAGUGCCUCAUCUAAAUACCAUUGCUCUUUGGCAAGCUGCCACAAACACCCACCAGACAUUUUCUUGGUUUGAUUGUUCUCAAGUUUAUUCAUGCCCAUGCAGAUAAGGGGAAUGUCAUCCCAGCACGCUUCGAGGAUCACUUGGCCAGACUACUAACUGCAAGAAGGCUCAAAAUGCUCAUGUGUUCUGAGGAAUACAGAACAGAGACACCUUUCCUCCAGAAACUGUGCUGUUCACUUUUCCUUUAGUGUGGCUGUAUGUUUAAUUAGCACUUAUGUUACUUUCCAGUUUUAUUAUGACUGGAUGGGAGUUGGGUUUAGGGCAAAUGUUUCAGGGGCCCCUUGAUUUUGCUGAGAAGAAAAGAGACAAGUACAAACCUGUCUGUGUCCCCGUCUCUUGACCAGUCCAUGUAGAGCUCCCCUGGUAGAGAGCAAUGUGACUACCCUAAGAACUUGGGGUUAUUUCUAUAACAUUUGAGGAGAACAUAGAGAAAACUCAUGUAUGAGAGAGGAGAGCUGUCCAUAUGACUGUGUCUAAGGUACCUUGGCUAUUCCAGAAUUCAGAGUGAUGUCAGCUAACUACAUUAAGUUUUCUGGCCAUAAUGAGGAAAACUCAACACCUACUGGCCUCAUGUUAAAUCGAGAUUUCUCUGUUGAAUUGGAAACAGUCAUUAGUGGUUGAUACAGGCUUCCUUCUCUUUUCAUUCCGUGAUAUGAUCUCCACGAUGCAACAGAGAUCGCCCAUGUGCUCUGCCACUGAAUGCCAUGCUGAGGUGUGAUUCCUCAGUAAACUAAAUCACCCUGAAUCCUGGCCAUACAAUUUGAAUUUGCUUUACAAAAUGUUCUUUUAGCAUGGAUAUACGCUUGAGGCUGGCAACAUGUGCUGGUGGCCCCACCGCCAUGAUAGUGAGAUGCAAAUUAAUGAGCUCUCCUUAGAUACAGUCUCCACAGUCCAGUGAACUAAUAAAUAUGUUCACAAAGCAACCCUCUAAGCAGCAAGCGCUGUGGCUAUUCCUUCUGCUGAUAAAAUAGCCAUAAAACUCUCAUCCAUUGCAGCUGGACUGAUAGACCAAUGGGAUUUGUUCUUUCUUGGCCCCUUAGAUGACAGAGACACAUACAUUGGAACUGCAAGGAUCUUCACGCUGCCUGUUGGAGUGCGUUUAUUAGGCCAACUGUACCAAAAAGAAAAACCAGUGGGACCCACGAAUAAUGCUGACACUCUGCAGAACUCCCCAGGUACAGAGGCCACUUUUCUGUCAAAGCGGAGUGAGACAUUUUUGACAAGGGAGUAGAAACACAGGACACUAAACCCUAACAAGAGGCCACCAGGUUGUAAUGACAUUCCCCACUAAAUAUCUUUCCUUCUCUUGAACAGCUUGUCCAGUGAAUUAUUUUUCAUUUGUAAGAAUAAAACUAAGAAAAAUCUGUCUGUCCUACAUAUUAUCGUAGGGAUGGAUUUUCUCCCCUGCCCCUUUCUGGUUUUGAAUUUGUUCAUAUUCACGGCAUGUUAAACUACCUCAUAGGUUUGUUGUGUGGAUUAGCUGAUUAAUAAAUAACAACUGAUUAAAAUCCGAAUCUGUAUGUAAA